GAACAAAGGAAUUAUCAUGGUGACUUUCAAUGCAGAUGUACUGGCCUGUGGCAGAAAAGUUGUUAAUAUUUCUACCCUUGCAGAUCAUUUUGACCAUAUAAAGGAAAUUGCAGGCUCAGAAUCGAUAGGAAUUGGUGGUGACUAUGAUGGAGUAGAACGCUUUCCUGAGGGAUUGGAAGAUGUCUCUAAAUACCCUUCUUUAAUAGAGGAACUUCUUAGAAGAGGCUGGAAUGAAACUGAACUGAAAGGAGUCUUAAGGGAGAACUUUCUCCGUGUCUUCAGGGAAGUAGAAAAUGUGCGGAAUACUUUUGGAGUCAUGGACGUAGGUGAAAGUGAAAUUCUGGAAGAAGUACAAAAUUCCUGUCGCCUAGACCUACGUAAGCCUCAGCUUCAGCCAUCCAGGUCCUUUGGAUUUCCUUCUAUGGCACAACCUCUUAGUCUGACACUUCUGUCAUGUUUAAUGCUGCAUUAUGUAUCGUGGAUCUAUGGAGCCUAGAGAGAGAUUUGUGGAGUACUCUGAAACUACUUCUCUUUCUGUGAUUUCUUAAUGGAAAACUAUAAUCAAUUAAAAAAAUAAUUUCUAUAAAUUCAUAUGCAUACUUGAAAAAUCUUGUAAAUUAUAAAUUAUGUAGCAAAAGUAUUUAGAAUUUUAAUAUCAUCUUGGCUAGACCAGGACCUACAUUGUUAAUGGAGGAUAUUCACAUUUAAAGAACAAAUUCUAUAAUACUUGAUGCAUGGUUUUGGUACCCAUAUUGUGGAAUAAAUACUGGAAUCCAGAACCAGCAACUCCACACAGGAAUUAGAGAUUAUGAUUAAGACAUCUGUGCCAAGAAGUUUUCAAAUAUUACUUCUUGUUAAAUCAUACAACUUCCAUCAAUAGUUGAUGGCUUACUCAGAGAAGGCCAUCCCCUGCCAUAUGGGGAUAAGUGCUUUUUUUGGUUUGCUUGGGGUUAUUUUUUUUUGUAGGAUGACAGAAUGAGUGACAAACCUAUUCCAGUUUAAACUGCAUGACUACAACUAGCUUUAGAGACCCAUCCUGCAGUACUAAACUCUUAUUUUUGAACCCUGAUCAGGAGAGUGGGCAACUGGACAGAUGCUGAAGGGUGGAGGUAGAUCUCUCACAUUCAGGUGCAGACAAUAUUGUAGAUAAUUUUCUAUAAUUUGUGAACAACUGUUUGCAGCAUUUUCACGAUGAUGGGAGCAAGAACAAGUCAGGGCAAAGCAGGGAUUCUGGCUGGUAAGAGGGUUGUGGAAAUAUUUUUGACAUUUAAACAAUUAUCCUUAUCAGUAACAUAUUUUAUUAUCUCAUCUCUAUUCUAGCUGGCUAAAAUCAGACCAUGGCCAGUGGAAUCAUAGACAUGAGAUUAGGGAGAGAUCUUUUUAUUAUAAAUCUGCUGUUUUGGCCUUUGGAAUAUAUUUUGAAAUACACAAGGUGUGUGAGGUUAGAUACUCCUGUUGCAGAGAAGAGCAUAAAUUGAGAUAGGCCUGUUCUUUGUAGGUUCAAAACUGACACUUUAGUCAAAUAUACUGAGAUUCAUUAUGAAAUUGUAAGAUAGCAGCACCACAUUGCUUUUGUAUGGUCAGUUCCCAGUGCUUGCUGGUAAGUGCUUUCCCAUGAUACUUGCUGUUAAUUGUGAUUUUAUGAUGCCAACUUUUAUUUACUGAUAUGACAUCUACAGAAUUUAGCCUUAAUGUAGAAUAAAAGCCUUGUAAUUGAUCUAAGGAAAGCAUUUGUAAACACACAAAGUAUUCAACAACUGAAAGAGAAGGCUGAGCAUGAACAGGAUGAAAAACAUUAUUUUUUUUUUUCUAGAGGAAUUUGAGACUGUUUCUACCAUCCAUUUCUGCACUCCAGGGUUUCUGGAAGGAUCCUGUUCUUUUAUAGCUUCAAAAUUAAGCUUCAUUAAUUCUUUUGAUAAGAUGGUCUCCUUGAUAAAUAUAUUCUAAUUAUACUCCUGUACAUUACCAAAUUCUUUACAAAUCAUGUGGAACAAUAUAGUUGCACACCAAAAAAGUCAACUUUUAAAGAAUAGUUUCUUAAUAAAUACUGAUCCUAGAUAUGCAUGUAGAAAAGGGAAUUACUGAUUCAGUAAUUCUGGCCUCCCUGAUAUUGCUUGACUAUCAUCAGAACAAGUUUUACUGGCAAACUGAUGAAUUCAAUAGGGCAAAUAUUUAAUUCCCAUCAGUACUUCUUCUGAUAGGUUCAUAAGCCAUUGGAAAACUGCCAUCCAUGGUCUCUUUUUUCAGAACUAGUACUCUGAUAUUUGUUUCAUUACACAAAAUGUAAGACACUUCUUUAUUCCUUCCAGCUUUCUUUAUAGUGUAUUGUCACUUUACUGCCUGCUAAUUUUUGCUUUUUUUCCUUCCCAUACUACACCAUGGACUAAAAAUAUAUAUUCCUCUUCUUAAAGAUACCUAAGAUACAUUUAUAUGACUUGUCUUAUCUGUAAAGUAUUCUACUUAUUUGUUGA